AUGAGAUCAGAUCCAAACACCAGAAAAUCCAACGCCCUCUGUGAGUUCCACCAGGAAUGUGGGCGCAAAACGGAAGAUUGCAUCGCCCUCAGACAAGAAGUCGUAAACAUAUUGCGGAAGAAACACCUCAAAGAGCUGUUAAGAGACAAGGGGAGAACCAAUUUUGCCAGAGAAUGUGAACACCAAGGCCCGCCGAAGCCACCAUCACCAGCUCGCACUAUCAACAUAAUCAUCGGCGGCAAUGAUGAUGCCUCUAUCAACGACGUGAAAUUCACCACCACUCACAAGCUCAAGCGGUCUAUCACACGUGAACGAUACUAUAAACUCAAAGAAAGUAUCAUCUUCGAUGAGUUGUAUGUCGACGGUUUGACUUUACCUCAUAAUGAUGCCCUCGUUAUUACUGUACGCAUUUUAGAUACCAAUGUAAAACGCAUCAUGAUGGACGAUGGAAGUGGAGCAUGCAUUAUCCAACCCCGAGUCCUCACCCAUAAUGCAGUUGAACGGACGUCCGGGGAAAUUACACUCCUCAUUUUGGCCGGCAGCGGGACUCUAGAGACGACAUUCCACAUCAUGGAUCAGGCCACCGCGUACAACGCCAUCGUGGGACGACCAUGGAUACAUCCCAUGAGGGCCAUCCCCUCCAGCCUUUACCAAGAAUUAAAUUCCCAACACCAUAGGGUAUAUUCAGCAUACACGGAGAACAAUGCGUCCCGGGAAUGCUACCGUAUUAUCUUAGACAACACGGCAACCAAACAGAAAAAAGACAAGCAAAACAAGGCAUAG